AUGAAUAAGAUCCUCGCGCUCAGUCUCGCGGCUGAGAUUUUACUCCCCCGCGUAGCCGCGAGCUUCGACAGCAAUCUGAACUUUGCGAGUCCCUCCCGUCGCCACGCUGGCCUCGGAAUCGACGUCCCGCACGUCUCGCGGCGUAGCAUGAAGCGCGGCGCUGUAGCGUUUGCACCGGAAGAGCUGGAUUUCACGCAUGGCGUGGCGUCUGGCGACCCGUACGCCGAUAGCGUGAUUCUGUGGACCCGGGCUGCGCCGUCGCUGGACUCGGAUGGGAGCAAUGUUACGGUCGAGGGGCCGGUGCCGCUGUAUAGUCACGAGACGCAGACUUAUAUCGAUGCGGAUGCUAGUCCGGUUUGCGUGGAGUGGAGGGUUUGGUCGAAUGAGACUGGGGGUGGAGAUGGGGGUGUUGUGGCUACGGGGGAUGCGUAUACGACUAGUGAUAUUGAUUAUACCGUUAAGGUCGAGGCGACGGGGCUGCAGCCGUUUACUACGUAUAACUACCAGUUUACCAUCUGCGGGUCGAGCAAGACGAGUUCUGUUGGGCGGACGAAGACUGCGCCGUUGGCGGAUGUUGAUGUUCCGGAGCUGAGGUUUGCUGUCUUUUCUUGUAGUAAUUAUCCGAAUGGCUACUUUAAUGCCUACGGGAAUGCCGCGCGGAAGGAUGAGCAGGAUUAUAUAGUUCAUCUCGGUGACUACAUAUACGAAGGCAACGCAAAGGGCGAGCGAGCCCAUGCGCCGCCCAAGUAUCUGUUUAGUCUAUAUGAUUACAGAACUCGCCACGGGCAGUAUCGUACGGAUCCGGAUCUUCAACUUGCUUCCCAGAACUUUGCCUGGAUAGCGACCUGGGACGACCACGAGGUCUCGAAUAACGGGUAUCGAGAUGGGUCUAGCGCUUUGAACAACACCGAAGAUUCUUUUCAUAAGGACGGUGGUGUUAGCGUAGACCAGCGGAAGAUGAAUGCUGUGAGAGCCUAUUUCGAGUGGAUGCCUAUUCGCCAAGUCGACCUCGAUGAUAACCUAAGGGUAUGGAGGAACUUUCAGAUGGGAAAUCUCCUGGAUUUUAUCGUACUCGAUACUCGGAACUAUGAUCGAAGCAUUACUUCGCUUGACUGGAACGAUAAUUAUAUCGACCUUAUACGGAAUGACGCCUCGCGAACACUGAUGGGUUCUCACCAGGAGAAUUGGUUUUAUAACCAACUGUCCAAAUCUCAAGACCGAGGUGCGACUUGGCGUAUAAUUGGCAAUCAGAUCGUAUUCUCGCACAUUGUCGAGUCUUAUGGUUAUGGUGGCGACAACUGGAAUGGGUACCAAGCAAACAGAAACCGGACACUAAAGCACCUCUACGACAACAAAAUCACUAACACCAUCUUCCUGGCCGGCGAUAGCCAUCAAAAUUGGGUAUCAGACCUAGCCUGGCUAGACGAGAAGCCCUACGACUCAACCACCGGCGAAGGCUCCGUCGGCGUCGAAUUCGCCGGAACAGCCGUCAGCUCUACCGGGUUCAACGGGUUGAUUGCGCCGGGCCGAGCCGAGGCCGAGUAUCGUGUGGGAAAUAAUUCGGUGCUGCAGUGGCAGGACGGGUACUACCGCGGCUACUUCCUGUUGUCGGUGACCCCUGAUAAACUAGAUGCCCGGUAUUACGGGUCGCCGAGCGUGGCAUCCCGAAACGCGUGGGAUUUGCCGCUGGCGAAUUUCACGGUGUUUGCGGGUGAGAAUAAGCUUGCUAGGCCGGUUGGUGGAGGGAGUGUUGAGGUUGGGUUUUUGAGGGGAGGUAAGACUAAUCCCACGAAUAUCACGCUGAAUACUGAUACAUGGGAAUGGGAUAUCGUUGGCUAUAAUCAAAUGUAUAUCGUUACCUAG